CUCCCCUCCGUUCCGGCGAAAAGCCGAAAACGCAAGAUAAAAUAAAAUAAAGGGAAAGCAGUACUCGCUGGAGAAGUGUAGAGGAUUUCCAAGGAAAAAAGAAAAAGGUAUUGGGGGACCGGCAGCGGCGAUGGGGAUCUCGAUCGCGGUGGUGGCCGUGAUCUUGUUCCUCGACCUCUUCGCCUUCGUCCUCGCCGUGGGUGCAGAGAUGAGAAGGAGUACGGGGAGGGUGGUGCCGGACGAGUAUGAUGAGCGGACGUACUGUCAGUACGACUCCGACGCGUCGACGGCGUACGGGCUGGGGGCGUUCGGGAUGUUGCUGUUGAGCCAGGCGGUGGUGAGUGGCGUCACCCGCUGCCUCUGCUUCGGCCGGGGGCUCACCCCUGGUCGGACCAGGGCCUGCGCCGUUGCUUCCUUUGUUCUCUUCUGGUUUAGUUUUGUGGUGGCGGAGGCAUGCCUCGUGGCAGGGUCAGCUAGGAACGCAUACCACACAAAGUACCUGGGUUACUAUGCCAAGCAGGACUUGUCAUCAUGUGUAGCACUGCGAAAGGGGGUCUUUGCAGCAGCAGCUGCAUUGGUGUUGGUUUCCAUGGUGAUGUCUCUCUUGUUCUAUUGGAGCUACUCCAGGGCUGACACCGGAGGAUGGGUGAAGCACCAAAAUGAAGGUGGCGUGGGAAUGGCAGAGUAUGGUCCUAAUAAGGGCGAGUUCGGACUGCCCAAGGCUUAAAGAUGUUCUUGUUGUAUAAUUCUGUUUGUGUCUCUUCCUCUGGGGAACUGCGAGAAUUCUUUUGCUGUCAAUAUUAUUAAGGUAAUGCUGGUAAAAUAUGGUGAUCCAGGAAGAGGUCAGCCCUGAAAAAAGUGUCAUAUAGGAAUAUGACCUCAUCUCUUUCUGAGGUCAGUAGUUUUCAUCAAAGAACGUAUGCAGUUGGCCACUGCUAAUUUCUUCUGGAGCCCUGUGUCUUGCCAGUUUUAUGUGAAAUCUAUCCAUCUAAAUGAGUGUAGUGCCAUAAUUAAUGAAUGUGUCAUGCAAAUAAGUUUUGCUA